AUGGACGCCAAGACGCUGUCUGAGACCGGAAAGCAGAUUCACAAGGCCUCGGAAUCUGGCGAUCCCGGUGCGACAAUUCUGGCCCUUCUGAAACCACUCGAGAACUUCACAGCGACUGAGGACCUGCUACGACAGUCGAAGAUUGGAAUCUAUGUCACGAAACUGCGCCAAAACAAGGAUCCGCAGGUGCAACAAGAGGCGGCGCGACUUGUGAAUCGGUGGAAGCAGGAGGUGAACUCGAAGAAGAAGAAGGCAGAUGGCAGCCCUGCUCCAACAAAUCGGGCUGUAAAUGGCGCAGCAGCGCAUGCGAACGGUCGGAGCAGUGGAACGAACAGCCCAGCGCCGCAGUCAUCGAAGAUGGAGAUCAAGAAGGACCCAGGCGCAAUGCGAAAGAGCACGGUCGACCCUGAGAAGCGGAAUACGAACACGGAUACGGUUGACUACAAGCUUACUGGUGAUGCGACGCGCGAUGGCUGCCUCAAGCUGAUGUAUGAUGGCAUAGCGUUCAUGUCACAGGAGCCACCAGAGGCAGUACUGGAUGUGGCCCAGAAGGUCGAGUAUGCCGCAUUCACCCACUUCAAACAGAAGACGAGUCCGGAGUACAAGACCAAGAUGCGGAGUCUCUUCCAGAAUCUCAAGAUGAAGGGUAACACACUCCUGCGCAAGGACGUCUUCAGCAUGAAGAUUCAACCGAACAAGUUCGUCACCAUGACAUCGGAUGAGCUCAAGUCGGAGGAGAAGCGUGCGCAGGAUGCGGCGCUCGAGAAGGAGAAUAUGAACAAGGCGAUGACUGCGGUGGAAGAGAAGGCCAUCUCGACGACCUUCACAUGUAGCAAGUGCAAGCAGAGCAAGGUCGCCUACACACAAGCGCAGACCCGGUCGGCCGAUGAACCUCUCACAACCUUCUGUGAAUGCACAGUCUGCGGAAACAAGUGGAAGUGUGAGUAUCCCUUUGCGAUCCUUCACCGAUGGAAGAAUCUUGCUAAUAUCCUCAACAGUCUCUUAA